AAGCAGAGUAAGCGCCUGUCCAUGCUGCUACAAUGGGGACAGACAGUAAAGUUUUGUGUGGACAGUUUCAAACUGUCCCUCUGUCCGAGUCUCAGUUGGACUUCCCCGGUCAGCCGUACUCCGUGUCCGUCCUGAAACCCGGGUACUGUCUCCCUCAGACCGACGGGACGUUCAAGGCCGACGGAACCAUCACGCUUAUAACGGGACCCAGGACUAUUCUGGUGGACACCGGGGGGCCGUGGGACCGGGACUUUCUCCUAACGACACUGAGACAGAGGGGACUACAACCGGGGGACAUUGACGUGAUCGUGGGGACUCACGGACAUUCAGACCACGUAGGAAAUCUGAGUCUUUUCUCCACGGCGCUGAUGAUUGUGGGGUUUGAUGUCAGUGAAGGGGACACGUACCGUCCCAACAAGCUGGCAGAGGGACACGCGUACUGCAUUGAUGAGUAUAUAUCUGUAGUUCCCAGUCCAGGCCACACAGGACAGGACGUCAGCGUCCAGGUGACGGGAACCUCAGCCGGCACAGUGCUCGUUGCAGGGGACUUAUUUGAGUGCUGCGCAGAUGAGGACAGCUGGAGGGAUCUGAGUAUGAACACUGCAGUGCAGGAGGUCAACCGCCAGGAGGCGCUGCGUACCGCCGAUGUCAUCAUACCGGGACAUGGGCUGCAUGCCAAAGCCACUAACGUCCCACUUGCCACCUUAUCAUCUGAUGCCAAACUUCUGACCCCCAUCACCAGGACCAAGCACCACACUGUGGAGGAGAGAAGACACUGCUGCCCCAAUCCUCUGGAACUAACUCCCUCCAAACAUCUGCAACUCAGACUCACUCCAUAA